AUGAAAAAAACAAACGAAUCUGAGAAGAGGCAGAGGCGCGUAUCAUUCCAUCCAGCACAGGCUGAGAAGAAGGAGGAUGAGGUUGAGCAGCAGAAGAUCGAUGUCUCCUUGUUUGAUACGCAGAAGUAUGCGGAGAACAGUUUGAUAGUGGAAUUUGACAAAAGAAAGAGAGAGGGACGAAUGUCACUGGAUCCACUCUGCAAGCUGGACAUUGCCGAUGAAUCAGUCCAAUCAGAGGGGCAGUUGAAGCAGGAGAAGACGAAAGUGAACUACAACUUUAGAGAAAAGGCAAAGAGAAACAAUUUCGUGGAUGACUUCAUGUACGGGUACGAAAUCAGGUUUCUGGAUAAAAUAAUCACAAAUAUGGGAGAGAAGACUGGGCAGCAGACUGGUGGAAACAAGUACAGUGGAGAGAAGCGGAUGUGGCUGAAGUACUCUCUGAGGCCACGAGUGGAGUUUCUGAAGGGGAUGGUGAGGUAUCUACAGGCGCAAAUGAGGGUGUUUCAGAAUGAGAUAGACGUAAAGCAAAGGAGUCUUGACGUAAACAAGGUUAAAACAGGUGGAUUGAAGAGGCACAGAAAUGAGAGCAGAAACAGGGCCAAAUUGGAGUGGUACGCGUAUAGAAAGGUGCAGGAGACGCACUUCAAUAAGACUAUUCUUGAGAAUGAGCAGAAGAUGCUGUUGGAGAAGGUGGAUGCGAGUGAGAGGCUGAGUUACCUGAAGAAGGAGAUUGAGGAGUUGAAGAAGACCAGGGCAAAAAUAAAGGAGAGGAUUGGAAGUGUGGACGUGGCCAUUGGAGAGAAGAGCAUUCUGAACAGGGAGGAGUUAGAGGACUUGAAGUACAAGUUGAUGGAACAGGUCAACAGGUCUGAGGUGCUGAAGGAGGACGAGGAGAUUCUGAAGAAGAAGGUGUUUGAGAAGGAGAUGGAGUGCAGAAUUGUACGAGAGAGGAUCAAGGAGCUGACAGCUGACAUUGGGAGACUGGAUUGCACCAUUCUGGGGAAGAAUGCGGAUGACAGCCAGCUUGAGAAUCUGAGUAGAACAAAUCUGCUCUAUGAGGAUGUGUUUGGAGUUAGACUUAUUAAGGCAGAAACAAACAGAGUUGUUCUAGGAAUAUGCGGGUUUGAAUUCACGUUCAUGCUAUCAGGUGGAUCAAACGUAAAGAGCUUUGUUUGCUCAAAGAAGAAUAGGUUCGACAAGGAUGCGCAGAUCUACGACACAUUCUUCGUGGAGAACAUGCUGGCUGAUUUGAUAGAAGCUGAUUCGGUGGAGCCACAGGAAAGAGUGGUAGAGAACAAGGAUGAGGCGUAUGCUGAGAAGAUGGUACAGAGAAGUCGAAAGAGGAGACUAUCAGUGGCACAGGGUGACACAAUGCAGGCAGAUGAGUUCACAAACACCCUCAACCUGGAGAAUACGCUUGAUAUUUUUAUGGUUGAGAAGUUACAGGAGGAAAUGGGUGAAAUGAGAGAUCCAAUUGGAUCAUCGAUGGAAUUGGAACAGUCCCAUAAAUUAGACGAAUUGGUUCACAAAAUACUCUACAAGUAUCAUACAGUGAACAGUCUGAUGAAGGAGGUCUGUCGGAUGCGAGACUGGUGCAACAUAGACGGCUUCUACGUCAAGAACAAGAUCUACUACAGGUUCUACCUGCAGACACUCAAUUCAGACUGUGGUCUCCUGGAUCUGAGCAUCGAUAGGAUGUUCAAUCUGAUCCACGAUAAGCAGAUUGUGGUGAAUCUACGGAACAACGUGGAGGGAAUCAGGAAGUACGUGAAUGAGUUCAUUAGCAAUAAAUAG